AUGAUGGACAAAAAAAUAAUUAAGCUGUGUGAAGAUGGUCAAAGUAAUGAGUUAGCAAAAACUGUACAAGAAAUUCCAAACCAGGAGCUAACUCACAUGAUUGAAAACAGAGCUGUUCGAGGAAAAGGAGAAGUUUUGCCUUUACUACAAGCCAUUUUACAAGGUAUGUCCGGCACAGAGCCACGGGAUGUGAAGAAAUAUGUGUCUGUGUACACUCACUGUAUCAAUCUGUUGGAGCAGAAUGAGAUGAGCAACAAAGAUUCUUCUAAUGUUGUUGGACUUCUGAUGUUAGAGGCUGAUGAACUACCUGGGAAAGCUCUGAUAGAAAUAUCAAGUUUAUUCAUUGACUUGAUCAAGAAUGGCCAGGCUCAGUGUGAAAAAGGACUGGAACUUCUGCCCAAAAUCUUGUCAGCACUGGCCAAUGAAGAAACAGUGAUAUAUGGUGACAACAGUAUGAGUGGAACAGAGUACAAGGGUCAUGUCCUAAACAGCCUCUGUUCUUGCAGAUGGAAUGCCCAGAGUGUGAUUCACCUAGCAGGGAUGUUUAAAGAUGUGAUUAUGACAUUGGAUGAGCUCAAGUUUGUAUUGGAGAAGAUACUACGGAUGAUGAAGGAAUUAGAAGUCGCAGAUUUACCAGCUCUUGUGUAUCAACUUCUCCUGUUGUCUUCAAAGGGACAUCAUCGUCUAGUGAUUGAAGGAAUCACAAACUUUUUCAUAGAACAAGACAAGCACUUUCGUGACAAAUCAACCAAUGAAGUGAGCGAGGAUCUGAUGGAAGAUGACAAUGAAGAAACAGUUCGCCAUACAGAGGGUACAGUCAUACUCCAUGUCAAUUUUGCUUCCAAACUUAACAGCAAUCUUGGGAAGGAGUUCAUCAAAUUUCUUAAGGGUCAGCAACAAGGUUGUGCCACACAGGUUCUGGCUCCAUUCAAUCUUGCCCUGGCUCUCUCCCUGUCCUGUAUCCACAGAUAUGAGGACCAGAUACUUGACUUUCUAAAGGCGACAGUUUUAAAGAGUUUUAAAGACAGUGAUAAACAGGAUCAAUCUGCUUGGUUGAGAGAGUUGGUCCCUCAGAGCUCUCAUAUAGAAGAUUUGGUGCUGGAGACCGUACAGAAUAGCGUUUAUGGCUGGGACCAUGUGAUACAGGGAUUAGUUCAUCUUGGUUUUACAUUGAUGGAUUCGUUUGGACCAAAAGCUGUUUUUGGAAGAGUGGAAGAGAUAACUAGUGUGCCGUCACAUACACCCUCUCACCGUGCCUGUAAGCUGGGCAGCAAAAUAUUACUUAAUACAUUUAAGGCUCAUGAGAUGGUCAGAGUAGAUAUAUUGGAGCAGAUAUUUAAUCGAGUGGUUACCAAGGCAACAUCACCUGUCAGCCAUUACUUGGAUCUACUGUCCAGUACUGUGAUGUCAGCACCUCAGAUCCUGCUAGAGUCGACCCCUAAAGUGAGAGAAAUGUUUGAUUAUCUGUCUUUUCUCACACCUUCCUCUGCCUACGGACUCCUCAAAGCCAUCCAACCACUGCUCAAAUUCAGCAUGUCCCUGAAGGACUCUCUCAUACUAGUGCUGAGGAAGGCAAUGUUUUCAAGGCAGCUAGACUCCAGGAAAAUAGGUGUAAAUGGAUUCCUUAUGAUCCUGAAACAUUUUCGAGUCCUUGGAGGAUUACAGCCCAGCCAGGCCAGUCAAUCUGUCUCAUCAAGCCAGAUUCAAGUGGAUGUACAUGCUCGAUACAAUCCGUCAAGUAAUGAGGCCCUUUGUCUGGAGAUUGUGGGAAAUCUACGUCGCUCCCUGACGCAACAGGCUGAUAUACGUCUCAUCUUCUAUGAGGGGAUCUACAAAGUUUUGUGUCGUAACAGCCGGCUACAGGGACCUAUCCUGAAUAUACUUUUAUCACAGUUAAAAAAAUACUAUGAACUGUCAGAAGAUGUAAACCCCCCACUGAAACUCGACAGAUGCAUAUGUGCUCAGGGAGACCAAGUUUACCUGCAGGAACCUUUGGCUCAUCUUCUUGGCUGUGUUCAGUUGUCAGUUCUGAAAGUCUCUGAUAUCCGACGUCAGCAGACGGAUGAUGAUGACGAUGAUGAUGACACUCACAUCCUGUCCGUCAAGUCUGAGCUGGAGGACAUGUUAGAAAGUAUUACCCAGAGGAUGAUCAAGUCUGAGAUGGAAGACUUUGAGCUGGACAAAGCAGCUGACUUCUCCCUGGGAAGUAGUGUUGGUAUAAAGAACAACAUCUUUGCUAUCCUUGUACUAGGGAUGUAUGAGGUACUCAUGGAAUACACUUUUCUGAAGGGACAGUUCAGUGUAAACAGUACAGAGGAAGUCUUAGGAUUAUUUGAGAACUAUCAUAAGCUGGGAUCUGUACUGAAAGAGAAGGCCACCGCUGCUACUGGGAAAAAAGGCAAAGGUCCUACCAGUAAACCCCCACGAAGUAUGUUGUCCCUGGACUGUGUCUCAGCCAUUCUGGAUGCCAUUAUCAAUGACACAGCACUCAGUCAUCAGGAGAGUGUACAAACCUUGCGUGACAACAUGGAUUUCAGAAAGUAUGUGAUGGGUGUGGCUCUACAAAAAAUCCAGCAAGUACAGGACAAGGGAGUGUGUGACGGUCUGGAGGCCAGCGAUAGCAACAAGAUACGACACCUCAUCUGCAGUCUUGGCAGUACUUUCCUGAAGCAUUACUCUGAGAACCAGAAGCCGAGUGAAGAAGGGAAGCGUAGCCGCAGUAAGGGGAUCUAUGGUCAGUGCUUGGAGGGACUGGUGAGCAUAGUGACGAUACUGACCCAGCAACACAAGGAGCAGCUGGCUUCCUGUCUCUGUGAUAUCUUAGGAGCACAGGCCUUGGAUAACCACCAGGAGGUGAUAUAUAGUAACAUCAAAAAGUUUCAGAGGCUUGUGAUGAACCUUCUAUCUGCUGAAGAUGAUGACCACAACUGGAAGGAAGUGACCCAUUUAUUGACGAUCAUCCAGCUACUGUGCCGUGAGCUGAAGGUCUCUAAUACCCAAUUUGAAAAAGUGUUGGACUGGGUUCAAAACAUCUGUACAGAACAAACCAUAGAUGAUUUAUCUACAUGUAAGCUUCUCUUUGGAAUGUUACUGGAGAUGAUCCAGCAGAGAAAGAGUUGUCCCCCUUACCUACGAGACAUAUCACAAGAUAUUCACUCACAACUUGGUGACAUUGACCAGGAGGUAGAGGUAGAGGAUCGAACCCAUCAUGCUUCUAUCACAGCACGGACUGCAGCUCCGACUAUCCUUCUCCUGGUUCUACAACAAGUGGAAAGAGAAUUAGAUGACACAGAGUGGGCCAUAGCACGGAUAAAGGCAGAAACAUUGUCUGCAGCACCAGCUGAUGACACAGAUGAUCUUACACAGCGAGAAGGCCAUGAAAAAUCAAUAUGUAGUCGCCUUGGUAUCCUAGUUACAGCCUUCCAUGAGCUCAUCCAGUCAGCCAUGCCUGUGGGAGUCUGUGUUGAGGCUAUUAUCAAACAGACCACUCGUCUCUUUGGUACUCUGACUCUUCUUGUUAAAUAUUACCUUGCCAUGUAUGCACAGAAAGUACAUCAUGUGACUGCUCGUUUUGAGAAGUUGAUCAAACUCAUUGGAACACAUCUUACACAGCACUGCUACGCCAUGAUCACGUAUAUACAGACAUCGGAGAGUGAACAUAUACAGCAUGCUGUUGAAAAACAUGGCAAAAAGGACAAGAAAAAGGCUUCAGCAGCAGUUCAGGCAGGGAAGGCUAAAGUGAUGAAGCAAUCGAAGACGAUACCAAACUUAAUAUUUGCUAUAGAAAGUUUUGAGAAAUAUCUUAUUCAACUUUCUAAAAAGUCUAAGAUAAAUUUGAUGGAGCACAUAAAGAUCAGUACUUCUCGAGAUUUCCGCAUCAACACAGCAGCCUUACAGGAAGUUAUGGCAGAGCCAUCUGACAAUGAGGACAAUGAUAGUGAUGGAAACGUUGAAGAAGAUAACACAGUCAUCAGUGAUGAUGGCAGCAAGCAAUCAGAAUCAGAGGAGGAAGAGGAUGAAGAAAACCAGGAACCUGUAAACAAACAGCUGUGUCUUGACAAGACUGUUGCUACCCAAUAA